UGCUUCAACUGCGAAACCACAACAACUCCUCUUUGGAGAAGAAACGAAAGUGGAAAUACUAUAUGCAAUGCUUGUGGACUUUAUUAUAAACUUCACAACGUUCAUCGACCUAUCACCAUGAAAAAGACAACCAUCAAAAAAAGAAAACGU